AUGUCCGUCUCGAGAGCAGACCCUAGCCUCCCAUACCCUUCCUGGUUCUCAUACCUCGUGGCCGUGCCACCUCCCCCGAGUCCGCGGGAGAUUAAGGACUUCGUCUUUGGCGGUCGCGAUUCCAAGGAGUCGCUUGACCCGUACAGGCGGGAGGUGCGGGAAGGGCAGGUACAAUGGUGCCUGGCGGUGCUGCUGCUGGUGAUCGCCUCCGUGUUGCUCGUCGUAAUCCUUGUGGAGGAAGCUUCCGAGCAACCCACUGGGUCACAGAUGCUCAUCACACACUUUCCCCUGCUUCCAAACUCAUCAGCCCCUGCAUUAGCUAAGUGGCUUCCCCUCAAUACCUCUGUUGAGGCGAACACGUCAACCGGCAUGCUAUUGAAUGCUGGGAUCAAGGAAACUAAUUAUAGCUUAGACAAAAGUGCUGCUGGCGCAUCAGAGCGUGAGGCGCCAUAA